GUUGACCAUCAAACUGGAUGAGUUUAUAAGAGAAGCUAAAAUUACGACAUGUUCUGAAGAUAAUUUUGAAAACACAUUAACUGAAAUGAGAAAGAAGUACAGAAUAAGGGACAAGGUCCUACUGGUAAAAUGUGCAGUCACCAUUGCAUUCGUCAUCAUCGUGUUCUUCCUGCAUUCUAUACCGGAGUUCAAUCGAGUGUCCCUGGGUUGGACGGCGUUGCUGGGCGCGCUGCUACUGCUGACUUUGGCAGACCGCGAGGAUCUGGAGCCGGUGCUGCACAGGAUCGAGUGGUCCACUCUGCUUUUCUUCGCCGCGCUCUUUGUGCUUAUGGAGGCUUUGUCCAAAUUAGGUCUGAUUGGCUACAUCGGAGGGUGGACAGAAGCUCUUAUACUUCGAGUAGAUGAAAGUGAUCGAUUGGCUGUAGCCCUUAUCAUAAUGGUCUGGGUAUCUGGUAUAACAUCAGCGUUUGUGGACAACGUACCUCUGACUACUAUGAUGGUUCGAGUGGUGACGUCAUUGGGCACCCAUCCUACGCUUAACCUGCCCAUGGAACCGCUUAUAUGGGCGUUAUCCUUCGGCGUCUGUUUGGGAGGUAACGGUACCCUAAUCGGUGCCAGUUCAAACGUGGUGUGCGUCGGAUUGGCAGAACAACAUGGAUAUAAAAUUACUUUCAUGCAGUUCUUCAAAAUUGGCUUCCCAGUCAUGAUAGGACACUUAGUAGUAGCUACAGCUUAUUUGUUAUUAUGCCAUUGCGUUUUCACAUGGCAUUAGAGAGCUUUGCUAUUCAAAGUAUGUAUUUACUGGCUCCUCAUAUCAUUAUCAACAGCUUAUAAGCGCCAACUGCUGAGGAAAGGCCUAUUCUCUUGCGGUUUGAGCAUUGAUCACCACGCUUGCUCAAUGUGGGUUGACGACUUUAAGUUUAUAGAUAGAAAUCCCACGUUCCCUUUUGAUGUUUUCCUUCCCUGUUUGUCAGUGGUGGUGUCUAAAUAAUCAUAGAACGUACAUAUAGCUGUAUAAUUAUAGCUGGCUCAUCCACUAUUACAUGGUAUUCAUAACACGGUGAAAAAUGGGUGAUUUAUUGCAAUGAUUAUGGGAGUAUGUGCCUGU